CUCUGGUUGGUCAAUGACCUCAUCCCCCUAACCAAAAUUGACCAUUCUUCAACUGCACCCCUUCCUCUUCCUGCUCCUCCCUCUUCUUUUUCCCCUCUUUUACCUUUCCAUUACUAUCACAAACCAUUGCACACAUUUCUCUCUCUCAGACUCUCUCCUAUUGAGUCCGUCUCCGUCUGAGAGAUUGAGGAAAACCCGAAAUGUGUCCUCUCAGAUUCAUCCUCGUCUUCCUCUCCGCCACUCUCGCCGGCUUCUUCCUCCUCAGAAACCUCAAAUCCGAUCAGCCCCAAUUGACCACUCCCACCGACGAUGACACCCACCUUGAAAACCCCACAAACUCCCCCAAUCGGUUUUCCAAGGUUUGCUCAGCCAUGGAAUCUGGGUUCUGGACAUUUGUGGACAUGGCCAGUGGAAGGUACCUAUGGAGGCAUUUGGUCACGUCUUCCGCAAAGUCAACGGAUUGACCUGUUUGGAGGAACUGGGUCUUGUUCCUAAUAACACAUUUAUGUUCAGGUUUGGGAUUAACUGCUAUGGUGGUGAUGGUGGUGUAUGAUAUUGAAGUCUCAUUUGCUAAGAUGUGUAAUUUGUAGAGACCCAAUUGAGUUGUUCCAUUGGUAUGUGCUGGUUUUGGGAAUGGUUUAUGCAGCUGUAAUUAUACCAUUCAUCAAUGUCCAUCCUUAGUGUCCUUGUAAGAUGUAAUUGUUGCAACUGCCAUUAUAUGGUUUCUGUAUCUAACAUUGAAGUGUGGUGUGGUUCUCUUACUAUGCUUUAAAAGCUAUAAAUCACAAGGUUUGGCU